CUCUGAUAAAGUCUGGUGUGCCUCAAGGAUCUAUACUAGGACCAAUUCUCUUUCUUAUCUUUAUUAACGAUUUACCCAGUUACUUUGGAAGUUCUAAGCCUUUUUUAUUUGCCGAUGACUCUACACUAAUAUCCUCCGGAUCGGACCUUCACGAAUUUAGUGUCACUCUAAAGUCAGAUAUGACCUCAGUGUCCCGUUGGACUAACCAUAACAAAAUGUCUCUUAAUCCUGGCAAGACAAAAAUAAUGAAAAUAUAUUCCCAAUCCAAAUUCCCUGAUCUUAGUCCAAUAACCAUUGAAGUCAAUAACAAUAAUGUUAAGGAUAUUACAUCCGCCAUUUUACUUGGAGUUACAUUAGACCAACAUCUGAAAUGA